UGGCUGCGCUGCCUUGUCAGUCACGGGGAACGCCCCGCCCUCCGGGGUGUCCCUCCCUGGUGCCUCCUUGUUUGCUCCAUUCAGUGUUGGGUUCCGAGGCGGACGGAGCUCCGGCGGAUGGGAGGUGCUGUUGCACAAUAGAAACAGCUUCCUCGGCCAGCAUCACUCAGAGGGCAGCAGCUGCAGGAGGAGGGGCGGUAGAAAAGGAAGAAACGAUGUUUUCUCGCCUCCGAGCAGCCGCCGGUCCCUGCGCGAUGGCGCGGCGCGGCGCACACACCAAAGAGAAAGGCAAACCGCUGAUGCUAAACCCGCGGACGAACAAGGGUAUGGCCUUCACGUUACACGAACGGCAGAUGCUUGGCUUGCAAGGGCUCCUGCCUCCUAAAAUAGAGACGCAAGACAUCCAGGCCUUACGCUUCCAUAAGAAUUUGGCCAAAAUGACGGACCCCUUGGAAAAGUAUAUCUACAUCAUGGGAAUCCAAGAGAGGAAUGAAAAAUUGUUCUAUAGGGUAUUACAAGACGAUAUUGAGCGGUUAAUGCCGAUUGUGUACACACCAACCGUAGGCCUGGCCUGCUCCCAGUAUGGACACAUCUUCAGGAGACCAAAAGGUUUAUUUAUUUCGAUCUCAGACAGAGGCCAUAUAAGGUCAAUUGUGAACAAUUGGCCGGAGAACGACGUUAAGGCCGUCGUUGUCACCGAUGGAGAAAGAAUCUUGGGUCUUGGAGACCUCGGCGUAUAUGGGAUGGGAAUUCCAGUAGGAAAACUGUGUUUGUAUACGGCCUGUGCGGGAAUUCAUCCAGAUAAAUGCUUGCCCGUCUGUAUCGAUGUUGGAACGGAUAACACUACGCUCCUAAAAGAUCCAUUUUACAUGGGCCUGUACCAAAAAAGGGAUCGCUCGCAGGUCUACGAUGACCUGAUUGAUGAAUUUAUGGAAGCCAUUACAGACAGGUACGGCCAGAACACGCUUAUCCAAUUUGAAGACUUCGGAAACCACAACGCGUUCCGGUUUUUAAGAAAAUACCGGGAGAAAUAUUGUACCUUCAACGACGAUAUUCAAGGGACGGCGUCAGUGGCCCUGGCGGGACUGUUGGCAGCACAGAAAGCCACAGGAAAACCACUUGCGGAGCAGAAAGUGCUGUUCCUUGGAGCAGGAGAGGCCGCCCUGGGAAUCGCGAACCUCAUCGUUAUGGCCAUGAUGGAAAGCGGAGUUUCUGCUGAGGAAGCCUACGGGAGAAUAUGGAUGUUCGACAAAUACGGUUUACUGGUUCAGGGCCGAGAACAAAAGGUCGAUUCCAAUCAAGAACCAUUUACGCAUCCGGCUCCAGAGCAGAUACCAAAGACAUUUGUAGAGGCGGUGAAUGUACUUCGGCCUUCGGCUAUCAUUGGAGUGGCGGGAGCUGGGCGGCUCUUCUCUCAGGACGUAAUUAAAGCGAUGGCCUCUAUCAAUGAGCGCCCCAUAAUAUUUGCACUGAGUAACCCCACGGUGAAAGCGGAAUGCACAGCAGAGGAAGCGUAUACGUUGACAGAGGGCCGUUGCUUGUUUGCCAGCGGCAGCCCCUUCGAGCUGGUGACUCUGCCGGACGGACGGACCUUCAAACCAGGCCAAGGAAACAAUGCUUAUAUAUUUCCAGGCGUGGCUCUGGCCGUGAUCCUCAGCAGCGUGCGACAUAUCAGCGAUAAGGUUUUCCUAGAGGCCGCUAAGGCUUUGGCAGAGCAGUUGACGGAUGAAGAACUCGCCCAAGGAAGACUUUAUCCUCCGCUGUCUAAUAUCAGGGAAGUUUCUAUUUAUAUUGCCGUUAAGGUUAUGGAGUUUUUAUACGCCAACAACAUGGCUUUCCAUUACCCCGAGCCCGCAGACAAGAACCGUUACAUUCGCUCCAAGGUUUGGACCUACGAAUACGAAUCCUUCAUGCCAGACGUGUACGACUGGCCCGAAUCGAAGGUUCACUGACGGCAACAUCGCGCUCCUCAGGCUGUAUCUUCUAACUCUGCAGGGAUCCCUUUUUCAGACCAAUUCAAAUCAUGAGCUUCGAGUCCUGUAAUUUAUUUUGGCUCAUUUUGUUGGCUUAUUUCCCCCCGUUUUUCACUUGCCGUAGAUCUCUCCCGAUUAUCAUCCAACCAUAUGGGUGAUAAUAUCGGUCACAGGAAUGAGAGCGCUCUCCAAAAUUAAAUUACGACGUGGCAUUUCUAGCUUAGACCCCACACUAAAGAAUUCCAUUAAUACUUUAGCUACGCGCGUUUGAUGAUGAUCUAUAGAUUUCUUCCUGCUUUUAAUAAUCCGGGGUUUUCUGCGACGGACUCCAAGGUGAUUUACCGACGUUUUGUUGGUUUAUUCGUUACUUUUUUAAAGGUUCUGUUUCUAAAUUGGUUUCUCCCUUGCACAUCAUGUUCUCGCAAAACCACUCGCUCCAUGUUUUCAUGACAAAAGCUCCUCAAUGCACUCGCCGCUUCGAACAAACCCCCCGAAGCCAAAACAGCUUUAAUUCGUGGCGGUUUUUUGGUGUAAAAUCCAAAAUUGCAAGUUGGAUUUUUCCCUUGCGAUGAAUAGUCCCGCGCGGUCGAUAUACAAACCACAACCUGCAUUCCUUUUCAUUGCGUUCAUUUUGAGGGCUACGCUGGCAAAAUUGAAGCCGGGAUUUAAAGAGAAGGAAAAUUUGGUGGGGAUUUACCCCCUUGUUUCUAGCGGAAAACGCACUUUCCACUAAACAGGCCCAAAAUAGAACAGGGAUAUGGUUUGUGUCGCUUAAAGUUCUGCUUUUAAAAUGAUGUUUGUGUACUAGAUAAAAAACUGGGAAGACUGAUUAUCUAAAGAUAGAAAAAUAGCCAUGUGGGGAAAAGGCCGCGUAUCCAAACUGUGGUAAAGCGCUGUCCGACGGGGCUCCAAAUCCAUCGGGCAACGUACGUGAUUUGCAACUUGUAUAUGUAAGUAUAUGUACAAAAAAAGACCAACACACACAUAUGAUGUUUUUACAAAGAAUGCUUUUUUUUCAUCUAUUUUUGCUAUGUCUGCUUUGUAUCGUAUUGAAACCCGUGGUCUUCCGGAGCAACUAUUUAUUUCGUGGACGACUUCUUGUUACCUCCUGAAUAUUCAGCUCUAGCUGAAGCUCGUUGCGUUUUGUCCGUGGAGUUCGCAUCGUUGGAUUCAAAUCUAUUGGGAACGCACAUUUCUUCGUUUCUGCCGAGGCGCUAAUUAGGCAGAUGAGUAACAAAACCACCCCGUGCACUGAUCUGGUGUCUCGGUUGAGAACGAUCACAAAGGCCGGGCAAUAAGUCCGUAAAUAGAACACUGUCUUACAAAAUAAAAUUCUGCAUCCAUCUAUUCAGUUUGAUGAUUUUUCUUAAUAAAAUCCAUCGAUUCAUCUUCA